UCGUGUUCGUCGUCGUCGUCGACGUAGUAGUAGUAGUGAUCGUCCUCGUCGUGAUCGCCGUCGUCGUCGUCGUCGUCUCACCCCGAGAACGAGAGUCGAGCGGUGGCGCGCGUUCUCUCCUCUCUCUCUCCCGUUGCGUCGCGGACGAUCGAGCUCCCGCGAAGCGGCGCGCCGGGGGUGGGGGCCGAAACGAGAAGCCGGCCGCCGGUGGCGCGGGUCAGUCUGUCGGGCAACCGGUCGGUCGGUCGCUCGCUCUCUCGUUUCUCGCUCUGUCCGCGCUCUCCGCUCGACUCGACUCCACCGCGUAUCCGCACUACUCGCGCUUCGCGUCGCGCACGCAUCGCAACCACGUUCCUUCGUUCCUUCGUUCAUUUCGCGACGACGAGUGCGUGCAGAUCGAAAGAGGAAGAGGGAGAGGGAGAGAGAGGGAGAGAGCGUCUCGGAUCGGGUCCAAUUUUCGCUCGCCUCCGCGCACAUCCAGCUGGAUAUUCAGGGGGAUGCGCGCGCCUAACCUUUAACCCCGGACGUGGACGGGCCGGACGUGGCAGGACGUGGCGCGCGGCGAGUCGGUGACCUUGGCUAGGAAAAGGGAUAAUGCGGAGAAAGGAUCGCCGUUUACCUCUGCUCGGACGGAUCGAUCUCCUCCCGUUAGGACGUGUUCGUGUCACGGCGGAACAAGAGGUGUAACGGAGAAGACGGAGCGACGAGGAGGCGAGGGAGGAGGAGAGGAGGAGAGCAGGAGCGCGAGGUGAUGUUGCUGGAGUCGCGAGGUGGUCUCGCCGGUAGGAAGAGAAACGGAUUGACGGUGUCUUCGUUCGGUGGCGGAGGUGGCGGCGGUGGUGGCGGCGGCGGAGGCGGAGGCGGAGGUGCCGGCUGCGGCGGCAGCGAGGAGGACGACGAGGAAUCUCGACAUCUGUUUCUUGGAAGAAAAAUGCAGACCGAGGGAUCCGCCGCCUCCACCGCGGUCUCCACCGGUUUGUCACCGGGGUGUACGCGCGACGACGGCGACGAUAGUUCCACCCCUUCGCCCAACGCCAGCCUUCUCAACAAUCUGAACAACAAUUGCAACUCGAAUCGACAAUGCGCCACCGACUUUAGCAUCGCGGCCAUCAUGGCGCGCGACUCGAGGCAACAGCAACACCAACAACAGCCCCAACAACUCUCGCCCCAUCACUCGCAAACCUCGCCGUCUCAGCAGCAGCAGCAGCAACAGCAGCAGCAACAACAGCAACAACAGCAACAGCAGCAGCAGCAACAACAAUCUCAUCAUCAUCGUCAGUUACAGCAACAGGCCGUCGGCGGUGGAAAAUUGCAUCAACACGAGAGGGAACCGAGCGUUUCUGGCGUGGUCCGGGGUAAUAGUGGUGGUGGCAGUGCAGCUCCUCCCGCGCCGAUCCAGGAGGCGAUCCUGGCGGAAGACGAUCCGGAGACGGACGACGCCGGAAGUAGCAGCGGCAAAGUAGCUUCCCCCGUCAAUCCCCUCCUCCAAGAAAGGUCCAACUGCGAAGAGCUCAGACACGUGGCGUGUCAUCUCGAGACGAAAGACUUGUGGGACAAAUUCAACGAGUUGGGCACCGAGAUGAUCAUCACGAAAACUGGCAGAAGGAUGUUCCCGACCUGCAGAGUGUCGUUCAACGGAUUGAAGCCGGACAGUCGAUAUGCGGUGUUGAUGGACAUCGUCCCCGUGGAUAACAAGAGGUAUCGAUACGCGUAUCACCGUAGCUCCUGGCUGGUGGCGGGUAAGGCCGAUCCACCGGCACCGGCCCGCCUCUACGUUCAUCCCGAUUCCCCGUUCACGGGGGAACAGCUUCGAAAACAGGUGGUCUCGUUCGAGAAGGUCAAGUUGACCAACAACGACAUGGACAGGCACGGACACGUGAGUAUCCGAGUAGUGGUGUUGGUGGUAAUAGUAGUAGUAGUAGUUGGGCCGAUAACGUUAAUCCGCGCGUCGAGCGCGAUCACGCGUAUGCGUGCGUGCGUGCGUGUGUGUCAAAUGAUCCGUUCGCAGUUGGUGUUGAACUCGAUGCACAAGUAUCAGCCGAGGAUCCACCUGGUGAAACGACCGGACUCGGGCACGGCCAAACCUAUAACGGAUCUCGAGAAGGAACCUCACAAGACCUUCAUAUUCCCAGAGGCGAUAUUCACCGCUGUCACCGCCUAUCAGAAUCAACUCAUCACCAAGCUGAAGAUCGACAGCAACCCGUUCGCCAAAGGGUUCCGUGACUCGUCCCGGCUCACCGAUUUCGAAAGGGAGACGAUGGAGUCGAUGCUCGCGGAGCAGCAAUCGCUCAGGUUCCCCCAUCGGCUCCCGUUCGAGAUGGAUCAACUACAGGCGACGGCGGUGAGCAAUCUGAGCCUCGAGGAGAAGGCGCUCUGGGCGGCGCGCUCCCAGAUGCUGUUGCGGGCCGCUGCCGCGGUCGCUGUCAGCCCUUACGCCCAACUGGUCGGGCCCGCGGCCCUCGUCUAUCCCGGCGCCUCUUCGGCCGGGACCAGCCACCAGCAACACCAGCAACAACACCAGCAACACCAGCAGCAACACCAGCAACAGCAGCAACAACAGCAGCAACUCGGCCACUUGUGGUGGGCCUCGUCGAUCGGGCCCACUCUCUUCGCGGCGGCGCAUCAUCACCACCAGCAGCAACAGCAACAGCAGCAACAGCAACAGCAGCAGCAACAAUUGGCCGCGGGGUCGAGCACGGGGCCAGCCGCACCCCGACCGCUCUACCCCUCCGCCUUGGCCCUGGCCCAUCACCGGUUCUCCCCGUACCACGCGGCCAAGUCGGCCGCCGCCUCGUUGGGACCCUCGCUGUCCCCCUCGCCCUCCUCGCGGAGGGCCACCCCCUCGCCGACCGACAGCCUCGGAAGAGACGUUCGAGAUCUGUCGCCCUCGUAGUGCCCGUCCGUCGCUCUCGUUUCCUUCUCCUUCUCUCGAGGAAGGGGGGAGGUGGAGGAGCGUCGCGUACACGGUGCACGGUCGGUGUUGAAUCAGAAGAGAGGAGGUACAUACGACGCGACUACGUGCGUUUUUCGCGUCACGAUCGAUCGUGUGACGACCUUUGCUGUAUAUAACUAUACGUAUAUACAUGUAUAUACAUAUGUAUAUAUGUAUAUAUGUGUAUGUAUAUACAUAUGCAUAUACGUAUAUACAUCACGCGCGUUAUACACCUACGAAAUCGACGAGAUCUUAUAGGUAUAUAACUAAUCGACUUUGUUCCGUUUGUGUAACAUAAGUUGUAUAUUUCGUAUCACGACUUAUCGUUAUCGUUAUCGUUAUUUAUGUUUCCAACUCCGUACUCCUUCCCCCCCUCUUGUGGCCACUCUCGCGGCGGAGAGGAAACGCGCGUUCGAAAAGAAAAGCAAAAAAAAAAAAAAGGAAAAAAAAGAAGAAAAGGCGUCUCUUCUCUCUCCGCCCGAGGCCGCCCCCCCGUUCGCGAAUAGCUCGAUCGCGACCACGAUUUCUCGAAAUCGUCGGCGAUUAGCGUUUAGCGUUUAGAUAUCGUCGAUAUCGUUUGAUGCUUGUGUUGCGAAGACGCAUAAAAAAAAAUAUCUGUGCCGUGCAAGCUCUGCUCCCUUGUAAAUAAACCCUGAAUAAAAAAACUCUUGUACCGAG